UCUUCUUCCCCCCCCCCCCCUCUUCUCCUCCAUAUUCGCCUCUUCAUCUCAUCUCAUUCUCUCAUUCUCUAUCAUACACAAUGGCCAACUCUCCUCACGGUGGUGUCCUCAAGGACCUUCUCGCCCGCGAUGCCCCUCGUAACAAUGAGCUCUCUGCUGAGGCCGAGACUCUGCCUGCUGUCGUUCUCAAUGAGCGCCAGUUGUGCGAUCUUGAACUGGUUAUGAACGGUGGUUUCUCUCCUCUUGAGGGCUUCAUGAACGAGAAGGACUGGAGCAGUGUCUGCGAGAACGUCCGUCUUGCCGAUGGCAACCUCUUCUCUAUGCCCAUCACCCUCGAUGCCUCCCAGCAGACCGUCUCCGACAACAACCUGCAGCCUGGUGCUCGCAUUACCCUGCGCGACUUCCGUGACGACCGGAACCUGGCUAUCCUGACCAUUGACGACAUCUAUCGCCCCGACAAGCAAAAGGAAGCUAAGCUUGUCUUUGGUGGUGACGAGGAUCACCCCGCCGUUCAGUACCUCUACAACAAGACUGAAGAGUUCUACAUUGGUGGAAAGAUCGAGGCCGUCAACAAGCUCGCCCACUACGACUAUGUCGCUCUGCGGUACACUCCCGCAGAGCUGCGCAUUCACUUCGACAAGCUCGGCUGGAACCGAGUUGUCGCUUUCCAGACCAGAAACCCUAUGCACAGAGCUCACCGUGAGCUGACCGUCCGUGCCGCCCGCGCCCAGCAGGCUAACGUCCUCAUCCACCCCGUCGUUGGUCUGACCAAGCCCGGUGACAUUGACCACUUCACCCGUGUCCGUGCCUACCAGGCUCUCCUCCCCAGUUACCCCAACGGUAUGGCCGUCCUGGGUCUCCUGCCCUUGGCCAUGCGCAUGGGUGGUCCCCGUGAGGCCAUCUGGCACGCCAUUAUCCGGAAGAAUCAUGGUGCCACUCACUUCAUCGUUGGUCGUGACCACGCCGGUCCCGGUAAGAACUCCAAGGGCGAGGAAUUCUACGGUCCCUAUGAUGCUCAGCACGCCGUCGAGAAGUACAAGGCCGAACUGGGUAUCGAGGUCGUCGAAUUCCAGCAGGUCACCUACUGCCCCGAUGACGACGAGUACCGUCCCAAGGACGAGGUCCCCGCUGGUGUCCGCACCCUCGAUAUCUCUGGUACUGAGCUCCGCAAGCGUCUGCGCACCGGUGCUCACAUCCCCGAGUGGUUCUCGUACCCCGAGGUCGUCAAGAUCCUGCGCGAGUCGAACCCUCCUCGUGCUUCGCAGGGUUUCACCAUCUUCCUUACCGGUUACAUCAACUCCGGUAAGGACGCCAUUGCCCGUGCUCUGCAGGCUACCCUGAACCAGCAGGGCGGUCGCUCCGUUUCCCUGCUCCUUGGUGAUACUGUCCGUCACGAGCUCUCCUCCGAGCUGGGCUUCUCCCGCGAGGACCGCCACAAGAACAUCCAGCGCAUCUCUUUCGUCGCUGGUGAGCUGACCCGCGCCGGUGCCGCCGUCAUCGCCGCCCCCAUUGCCCCCCACGAGCACUCGCGCAAAGCCGCCCGUGAUGCCGUCUCCCAGUUGGGUGGCUCGUUCUUCCUCGUCCAUGUCAACACCCCGCUCGAGUACUGUGAGAAGACCGACAAGCGCGGUAUCUACUCCAAGGCUCGUGCUGGUGAGAUCCAGGGUUUCACCGGUGUUGAUGACUCGUACGAGGCUCCCACCGACGCUGACCUCACCGUCGACGUCUCCAAGCAGAGUGUUCGCAGCAUUGUUCACGAAAUCGUUCUCAUGCUCGAGAGCGAGGGCUACUUUGACCGUGCGUAAAUUAGCGUUGGCGCUUUGGGAUUGUUUUGGUUUGGGUUGGAUACAGAUGUUCUGUAUGAAUAAAAUUUCCUUUGUUAAUAGAAUAUGACUGUA